AGAAUCCAUGCUAAAGAUCCCUCCUUACCAGCAUAUAGGGCCACUGCCAGGCUUGCCGAGUCCUGGGACUGCUCUCGCUCCGGCUGCCACUCUCCCGCGCUCUCCUAGCUCCCUGCGAAGCAGGAUGGCCGGGACCAUGCGCACCGCGUGCUUGGUGGUGGCGAUGCUGCUCAGCUUGGACUUCCCGGGACAGGCGCAGCCCCCGCCGCCGCCGCCGGACGCCACCUGUCACCAAGUCCGCUCCUUCUUCCAGAGACUGCAGCCCGGACUCAAGUGGGUGCCCGAAACUCCCGUGCCAGGAUCAGAUUUGCAAGUAUGUCUCCCUAAGGGCCCAACAUGCUGCUCAAGAAAGAUGGAAGAAAAAUACCAACUAACAGCACGAUUGAACAUGGAACAGCUGCUUCAGUCUGCAAGUAUGGAGCUCAAGUUCUUAAUUAUUCAGAAUGCUGCAGUUUUCCAAGAGGCCUUCGAAAUUGUUGUUCGCCAUGCCAAGAACUACACCAAUGCCAUGUUCAAGAACAACUACCCAAGCCUGACUCCACAAGCUUUUGAGUUUGUGGGUGAAUUUUUCACAGAUGUGUCUCUCUAUAUCUUGGGUUCUGACAUCAAUGUGGAUGACAUGGUCAAUGAAUUGUUUGAUAGCCUGUUUCCAGUCAUCUAUACCCAACUAAUGAACCCAGGUCUGCCUGAUUCAGCCUUGGACAUCAAUGAGUGCCUCCGAGGAGCAAGACGUGACCUGAAAGUAUUUGGGAACUUCCCCAAGCUUAUUAUGACCCAGGUUUCUAAGUCACUGCAAGUCACUAGGAUCUUCCUUCAGGCUCUGAAUCUUGGAAUUGAAGUGAUCAACACAACCGAUCACCUGAAGUUCAGUAAGGACUGUGGCCGAAUGCUCACCAGAAUGUGGUACUGCUCUUACUGCCAGGGACUGAUGAUGGUUAAACCUUGUGGUGGUUACUGCAAUGUGGUCAUGCAAGGCUGUAUGGCAGGUGUGGUGGAGAUUGACAAGUACUGGAGAGAAUACAUUCUGUCUCUUGAAGAGCUUGUGAAUGGCAUGUACAGAAUCUAUGACAUGGAAAACGUACUGCUUGGUCUCUUUUCAACAAUCCACGAUUCUAUCCAGUAUGUCCAGAAGAAUGCAGGAAAGCUGACCACCACGGAAACUGAGAAGAAAAUACGGCACUUCAAAUAUCCUAUCUUCCUCCUGUGUAUAGGGCUAGAGUUACAGAUUGGCAAGUUAUGUGCCCAUUCUCAACAACGCCAAUAUAGAUCUGCUUAUUAUCCUGAAGAUCUGUUUAUUGACAAGAAAGUAUUAAAAGUUGCUCAUGUAGAACAUGAAGAAACCUUAUCCAGCCGAAGAAGGGAACUAAUUCAGAAGUUGAAGUCUUUCAUCAGCUUCUAUAGUGCUUUGCCUGGCUACAUCUGCAGCCACAGCCCUGUGGCGGAAAACGACACCCUUUGCUGGAAUGGACAAGAACUCGUGGAGAGAUACAGCCAAAAGGCGGCAAGGAAUGGAAUGAAAAACCAGUUCAAUCUCCAUGAGCUGAAAAUGAAGGGCCCUGAGCCAGUAGUCAGUCAAAUUAUUGACAAAUUGAAGCACAUUAACCAGCUCCUGAGAACCAUGUCUGUGCCCAAAGGUAGAGUUCUGGAUAAAAACCUGGAUGAGGAAGGGUUUGAAAGUGGAGACUGUGGUGAUGAUGAAGAUGAGUGCAUUGGAGGCUCUGGUGAUGGAAUGAUGAAAGUGAAGAAUCAGCUCCGCUUCCUUGCAGAACUGGCCUAUGAUCUGGAUGUGGAUGAUGCGCCUGGAAACAAUCAGCAGGCGACUCCGAAGGACAAUGAGAUAAGCACCUUUCACAACCUCGGGAACGUUCAUUCCCCACUGAAGCUUCUCACCAGCAUGGCCAUCUCAGUGGUGUGCUUCUUCUUCCUGGUGCACUGACUGCCUGGUGCCCAGCACAUGUGCUGCCCUACAGCACCCUGUGGUCUUCCUCGAUAAAGGGAACCACUUUCUUAUUUUUUUCUUUUUUUUUUUUUUAAUCCUGUAUACCUCCUCCAGCCAUUAAGUAGAAGACUAACCAUGUGUUAUGUUUUUGAAAAUCAAAUGGUAUCUUUUGGAGGAAGAUAAAUUUUAGUGGUAGUAUAUAGAUUGUCCUUUUGCAAAGAAAAGAAAACCAUCAAGUUGUGCCAAAUUAUUUUCCUAUGUUUGGCUGCUAGAACAUGGUUACCAUGUCUUUCUCUCUGUCUUACUCCCUCCCUUUCUAUCUUUCUUUCUCUCUCUCUUUGCAUGGAUUUCUUUGAAAAAAAAAUAAAUUGCUCAAAUAAAAA